AUGAAAGUCUUCACACCGGUCUUUGUCUUGAUGGCAUUCGCUACAUCCCAGGCAAUUGCGGCACCUGCAGCGGAGGCUGCAGACCUGGAGACGCGCGCCAAAUAUUGCGUUGAUGUCAAAAUAUGCCACGGCUACAACUGGGGAGGUGGCUGCUAUAAAGAAUGCAAGAAGCCCGGUGAGCCUCACGAUAUCAGAAAAGAAUAUCGGAAAAAUGUCGGCUCGUUCAAAAUUGGUACCAAGGGUUAUAACUGCCAGCUUGGAUCACCCAAUCAUGGCACGGACCCAGUAGACUACCCUGGGAAGAAGAGACUCAAGGAUGAUUGGAUCAACAACCUUGAAGCAUACCAGUGCAACAAAAACUAA